AUGUGCAGCGAAGCUGACGACGAAGCAUUGGAUAAUAUACUUACUAAAUUCUGGCAAUUGGAGGAAAUAAAUCAAUCGGAUGACAAAUUCACUGAUGCAGAAAAGAAAUGUGAAGAAUCUUUUGCUCAAAAUACUCACCACAAUCAUGAAGGGCGAUUUGUCGUGAAACUACCAUUUAAGGAGGAUACAACUGUUCUUGGUGAAUCCAUGCAGAUGUCGAUGAAUCGAUUUUUUAGUCUUGAACGUCGGCUGUUGAAGAAUUCUGAACUAAAGAAGGUGUACGUUGACUUCAUGCGAGAGUACGAACAUCUCGGCCACAUGGAAAAAAUCAAUCAGGAUGAUAUAAUGCAUCCACAUUACAUUUUGCCACACCAUUGUGUAAUCAAGGCAGAUAGUACUACAACAAAGCUUCGAGUGGUGUUUGAUGCAUCUGCAAGAACAUCAACCGGAGUCUCACUCAAUGAUAUCAUGCAUAAUGGUCCAGUCGUGCAAAACGAACUCUCAUCCAUUUUACUGCGUUUCAGGAAACCACGCUUCGUUUUUACAACAGAUAUUGAAAAGAUGUAUCGGCAGAUACUAAUUGAUCCACGAGAUGAAUAUCUUCAAACCAUUAUCUGGCGAGAGUCACCAGAAGAAAACUUGUGCUAUUACAAAUUAAAAACGGUAACGUAUGGCACAAGAGCAGCGCCGUAUCUGGUAAUUAAGUGUCUACAAAUCCUGGCCAGAGAGCAUGCCGUUAAAUUUCUGCUCGGUUCAGCUACACUCAGCAAGGAUUUUUAUGUCGAUGACGGUUUAAGUGGCUCAGACAGUAUCAUGGAGGCAAUUGCAACAAAGGAUCAACUUAUUAAAAUAUUGGCGACAGCUGGUUUCAAACCUCGCAAGUGGUGCGCAAAUAAUUCCCAAUUACUUCAAGGACUCGCUCCAGAAGAUCAAGAAGUGGAUCUCGAUGUCAGCAGUGAGUCACAUAAGACAGUAAAAACUCUAGGCCUUAUCUGGCUACCAAAAUCUGAUCAAUUUUCAAUAAAAACUAACGGACCUACACACAGCAAAAUAACAAAGAGGACCGUAAGUUCUGAGUUGGCGCACAUUUUUGAUCCACUUGGAUUAAUGGCUCCCGUAGUAGUGAAGGCGAAAAUAUUUGUUCAAAAAUUGUGGCAGUUAAAACUUUCGUGGGAUGAAGCUCUGCCUGCUGAAAUGCAUACUCAAUGGACCCAUUUUCGUCAGAGCUUAUGUGAAAUAAACAAUGUGAAGAUUCCACGACAUAUAUUUCAUCAUAAACAACCAAGGAAUACUCAGAUUCAUGUAUUUACUGAUGCCUCCGAAAGGGCCUAUGGAGCUGCCAUUUACAUCAGAGCCGAAAUGACUGAUCGAACUAUCUCAGUUCAGUUACUUUGUUCAAAAUCACGCGUCGCUCCAUUAAAAACGCAGACAAUACCAAGACUUGAGUUAUGUGCGGCUUUACUAGGAGCACAAUUGGUAGUAAAGGUAAGAAAGGAUUUGGAAUAUGAACAUCAUCCGAUAUAUAUGUGGACUGAUUCUGAGAUAACAUUGCAUUGGAUCAAUUCAGAACCAUCAACAUUCCAAACCUUCGUUGCUCAUCGUAUCAGUAAGAUUCAGCAAUUAACACUAAAGGAAUAG